UCGGCUACCUUGAUGCGCAGUUCGCGGACGCGCUCAUUCACUUCAGGUUAGGACUCCCACUGGAGUAAGGAGAGAAGGACGGGGCAGCGUCUGUCGUUAAAACUCGCAGGAGGAAAACGUAAAUCACUCGGAUACACUCCUGGAAACAACGACUUUCAGAACGUUAAACCUGAGCAGCACACCAACUGAAAGCCGCGUCGGUUUAUUUUUGGGCCAACGGAUUGAUCCCGGACUGUGUGUGCGCGCGUGUUUUCCUUUGGAUGCACAUACACACACAAACACGCGCGCGCAGUCACACAGGUUGCUAGCGGAGUUAGCCGGGUUUGCUAGCUCGCUGUGGUUAGCUGGGCUUUCCGUCCGCAGGGAGUGAACGCAGAGCGGGGUUAAAGUUUAGAAACAGUGCCCGACAUUUUCCAGACAGAAGGCUGCUGGUUCAGGCAUGAUGUGUGGGUUUUUCGGAGGUUUGUCAAGUUGGCCGGCGGGUAGCAUUGGCUGACUGAAGCCCAGCAUUAGUACCUCGGAUUGGACUCAUGUGUGUUCCCCCCUUCUUCCUUUUCCACUGCUGUUUUUAAACAGUUUUUUUUUUUUUUAAAACGGACUUUGCCCUCGGGGUGUUGUAACUCCGCUCCCUAUAUUAAAUAAAAGCCUCAAUUGAUUCUUCUUUUGGAGUUUCUCAACACUUUGCUGGAAGUUUUUAUUUCUUUCUCUUCAAGGAGGAGGUAAAAAAAGUUGUUGUGAAGUUGAGAAGGAUUUUUCCAAGCCUGUGGAAAAAAUGGAUGCGGGAAUAGAGAAAGAAUGCAGCGCCUUGGGAGGGCUCUUCCAGCUCAUCAUGAACGACAUGAAGGCCAGUUAUCCUACAUGGGAGGACUUUGUAUCCAAAGGAAAUAAACUGCAGUCACAACUCAGAACGACCAUCGUGGUGACCGGAGCCUUCCUGGAUGCUUUUCAGAAGGUGGCAGACAUGGCGACCGGAACCAGAGGUGCCACCAAGGAGAUAGGCUCAGCGCUAACCAGGAUGUGUAUGAGACACCGGAGCAUCGAGUCCAAACUUAAGCUGUUUACCACGUCCCUCUCAGAAGGUCUCAUCACACCUCUUGAGUUGAAAAUGGAGGAGUGGAAAAAAGUGGCCAGUCAGCUGGAUAAAGACCACGCCAAAGAGUACAAGAAGGCCAGAGCAGACAUCAAGAAGAAAUCUUCAGACACCAUCAAACUGCAGAAGAAGGUGAAGAAAGGGAAGGAUGAAGCUCGGGGACAAUUGGACAACGCGCUGCAGGACGUCAAUGUGCGCUACGCUGUGCUGGAGGACACCGAGAAGCGAGCUGUGUGCAGAGCACUGAUAGAAGAAAGAGCUCGAUACUGUAGUUUUGUCAGCAUGCUGAAGCCUGUGCUGGACCAUGAGAUCAACAUGCUGGGUGAGGUGACACACCUGCAGACCAUUCUGGAAGAUCUGACAAACUUAACAGCUGAACCCAAUAAACUUCCACCAGCCAGCGAGCAGGUGAUCCUGGACCUUAAAGGUUCUGAUUUCAGCUACACCUAUCAGACACCUCCAGCUUCUCCCAGUAACACUCUCUCCAGGAAGAGCAGCAUCAGCAGCUACCAGUCAGGAUCAGUGAGACAUGUUCCCUCUUUGGACUCUAUCAGCUGUGCUGUGGAUGGACUACACAUGCAGCGCUGCUCCUCCCCUUAUCUGCUCACCGGCUGCGAUGAAAGCGGUCGAUCUCUCAGCGAAGGGAACUCCCCCUCUCGCCUCGGCCGUCACGGCAGCCGUGGUCGCUAUGGUUACGCAGCUGGCUAUGGCCACCGCCCCGCUCAGAGUCGCCGCUUUAGCCGCAGGGAUUUGAAAACUGAUUCAGUUGGGUCCACCAAUCAGCUGGCCUCUGGGGGAACUGGAGGGGCGGAGAACGGCCUCUUGGCCCCUCCACACAAUGCCUACAUACAUGGAGAGCGCGCUCGCGCCAUGUCUGCAUCUGGAAAGCACUGCUUGGCCCAGGAUCAGCUGGCAUUGUCACUGGGUGCGCUGAAUUCUGACGCCCCGAGAAGCAGCAGAGAUUCUCUGCACUGUUCCAGCGGCUAUAGCACCCAAACAACCACCCCGUCCUGCUCCGAGGACACUAUACACACCCACACUGUAAAGAGAGAUCCUCCUAUCUAUGACACUGACUCUAUCUCCUUACAUCACCUCUCCCACGGCAACAGCCAGUCAGAUUUCGACAAGUCAUCAACCAUCCCGAGAAACUCCGACCUCAGAUUCCAGUACCGGGAUUUCAUCCACUCCAAGCGUCCUGCCUCUACUGUCAGCCUAUUGGCUGAGUCCGACUUGAGUGGUGUGUCUAACCGCCAGAUGCCAUCCCACACGGCAACCAUCAGGCGCAAACCUUCAUCUAAGCCGCCUUUUCGCAGAGGAACAAUCAGUGGUGGGGUUCCCAUCCCCAUCUCCACCCCGCAGGUUCCACUCAAACCCCUCGGCGGAACCAACGGAAGCGAUGAGAACGUUUUCAAAGUGCCCUCUUCUGUAGGUUUAGGUCACAGUAAACUCUGCACCUCCACCCAGAGCCUUAGUGCUUUACCACCCUCCUCCUCCCCAUACUACCAGAUUGUCCCAGGCCAGAUGCCCAUCCCAGUGCCCAUACCCACUGUUCCUUCACUGCCAUCUGAGGGAGGGAACAGUGUCAAACAACAGCAACAGAGGCAAUACCAGCAACAUCAGCAAUACAGUCAACCACAGCAACAGCACAACCAGCAAUUCCAGAUUCAACAGUUCCAGCAACAGCAACAGAUUCAGCAGCAACAGUUCCAGCAGCAGAAACAGAUUCAGCAGCAACAGUUCAUUCAGCAGCAACAGUUCCAGCAGCAGAAACAGAUUCAGCAGCAACAGUUCCAGCAAUGGCAACAGAUUCAGCAGCAGUUUCAACAUCAGCAGCAGCUGCAGUUCCAACAGCCCCAGAUUCAGCAAGCCCAGCAGCUGCAGCCUCAGCACGAUCAGUAUCAGCUGCAGUUGAACCAGCAGCAGAAACAGAAGCUGUUCCAGCAGCAGCAACAGCAGCACCAGGCCUACACUACUCAGGCAGAGCCCUCCGGUGUGCCCAACAACAUCAACUACCAGCCCCAGGCUCCUCCACCCUCCAGCCAGGACCAAAACCCUGAGCAGGUCACCCUAGAAGAAGAAGAAGAAGAAGGAGAUGGAGGAGGCAACAGAAACAUGUUGACCCUUCUUAGAGGAGUAAAGCUCAGAAGGACCAUCACCAAUGAUCGCUCUGCCCCUCUCCUACCCCCUCCAACCAAUCACAAAUGAGGCUGACAAGCAGAUUUUUAUUUCUCUGCUAAACUGUUAAGUUUAGUUUGGUUUCUGAAGAGAUAUCAGAGUGUGUCAGCACAGAGAAAACUCAAACACACUUUGAAAGUGUUGACAGAUUGAUUUUUUUUCCCGCUGGAACUCAACAUUGCUUGUUUUAUUUUAUAAAUUUACUUGAUUGUCCUUUUAAAUUUAUGUUUUAAGCAUUUUUGAGACUUUUCUGUUGUUGCAGCAAACGUCUUUUUGCCUUUUUUUUUCAUGCAUUUUGAUUGUGGAUAAAGUUUUUGUGUGACUCAGUCUUACAGAAAGAACUUUUGAUUUGAUUAUUUUAGUUGGUACUCACUUCCUGGUCAGAAAAUGUCAUUAGGCAGAACAGGAAGCUGUUAGCAUCUUUGGCCUGGCUGUGUUUGAUUUGCUUUCUGCUUAGUCUCCCAGGAUGGCGGGGUUUAUCAGUAGUUCAGUGGACUCACAGUGGUUGAACCAUGAUCGUGGAGUUUCGAAUUUACUGACUCGGGGUCAGUGAUUGUCUGGUGUAUUUGAUCUGAGUAUUUAGUUGGUUUCUGGUCAUCUCAAAGAGCCAAAUGCUAACACUCGUGACUUUGCAUCUGGCUUUAGAUUUAAAUAAGGUAGAACAAGAAAGAGUUUGAGGACACAAGGACUGGGUUUGAGAUAUAUUGAGAUAUAUAUAUAUAUAUAUAUAUAUAUUUUUUUUUUAAGUGGCAUAUGGUCUGAGGUCACUUGAUUGCUCUUACCUUAGAUUGGAGAUUUGUGCCACUCCUGGGACUCCAAAUGUUUCCUCUGAACGUGAGAGUUUGUGGAAUACAAUGAAAAAUGUUACUGUGGGGAAAAACUCUGGUUUGCUGUGUAAAUAAGCAUCAAAUUUUUUUAGAGCAAAAAUCACAAAUAGACAGCGGUUUGUUGGCAACUUUAUGAGGCAACACUGAUGUUUCAGAAGAAGCGGCUUGACAAAUGUGGGUUGCAUUUUUGCUAAACAUAGCUGGCUAUGAUGAGCUGAACUGUAGAACAAAACUACCACAGGGGACUGAUGGUUUGAAUGUACUUUAUAAGGUAAACGCUGCCAUGUUUCAAGACUUAGAUUUAGUCUAGACUUAGUCUUUAGAUUUAUUUACACAGAUAUUUGCAUCAACAAGAAUGCUUUAAACAUCAUUUUGUUAAAGAGAUAUUGUGGACAAGAUACUACAUGAAUACCAAGAAAUAGGUUUUUGGCAUUUCUUGUUACUUGGUGACCAACAUAUACAUUAAUCCAAAACAACUUUAAAGUAAUUGUUUGUAGUUCUCUUUAUUUCCACUAUUAUUGGAACCCACAGAACCUAUGCAUCGGUUUAUUCUGGUGUCUUCUGUAAAUGCAUGACUGAAUCUGGGUGGUUUGUAGGCCAUGUCGUGAUAAUUCAUGUUAUGUGGCUUUGAAGUCCACUUGAUGAGUCUGCAUAUCCUGGUUACAAUAUUUUAAGGAGUCCUCCUUGUUGUUGUUCCCCUGUAUAGUUAUAGGACAUCAAUGAUGCGGAUUUAAGCACAGCUAACAUGUUGGCACGAGGAACAUUGAAUAAUACAGUUUUAUUCACAAGUAGUAAAAGCUAUGCUGAAGUUAUGUUUGAAGGGCAUCAGGAGCAGAUGUAACUUGACAAUUAUUUCGAUUUUUAAAAAGAGUUAUAUUAUUAUAUAAAAUGUGAGAAAACCAUAAAAAAUGUCUCGUUUUUCUAAAUUACUCAGAUUAUAUUAAACUAAGUUAUUUUUUUCAGCUCUAGUUACAGGUUUAAAAAUUGUUUUUGAGUAUCAACAAAGACCUUGUGAUUUUUCCAUAUUGACUAUUGGAAAAUUCAGAAGCUACUUAUAGCACUAUGCUUUUAUCAUUUAGACAAACAUUUUUCAAAUUAGUUUCUAUAAACAAAGGAUCUGCUAUAUUCAGUGAAGUUUAAGUUUUGCUUGAAGUUUUCAAUUCAACUCCACCCACUGAAAUAUCUCUGAAACAUUCGUUUUAGUUGAUUUACUGUAAUCAACUCGGAUAAAAUGCUGCUGAGCCUCAAACUGUCGUAACUUUAAAUUAAACAUUUUUUCUACAGAGUUUGGUUGGACUGAAAUAGCUGGUUCUAUUUUUGAUCUUUGUUCCAAUUUGGUAAAAUGUUUACCUCUGCUAAUCAUGACCUUCUAAAUCGUAUAAGUCUCUUUAUUUUAUUUUUUUAUUCCCUGUUUUGUUUUUGUUUUAUUUUGUUUUUUAGUUUAUAGUCCUUUAAGUCACACCUCAGAUGUUUUCAGUAAUUAACCUGGAGUUUUGUCUUCUGAUGCACUUCAGUCUAAGGCCAUGAGAAAUUGGGGGCGCUCAGUUCCUGUGCUUGAACCAGAAAAAUAUAGCAUCAAGUGCAGGUUAAUAAAAGUUGACUAAAGAAAUAAUUUGUAGCUUAGCAUAUUUUACCAUGGCAGCCUCAUUACUUGGGUGUUUCCUGCUAAUACAGCUGCUAAACCGAUGUGUUGCUUCUAAAAGUUGCCCAUCUUCUUCAUUUGUGAGCUGUUAGCAUGUUGGACUCAGAUUGUCCUCAGUUAAAGAUUAGGCAAAUUUGAGUGGUUAAAAUAAUUUUUGUUGGAGCAACAGCUGAUUACUUUUAUAAUAAUUUAAUGUGGUAGUUCUUCUGUUGAUUAAUCCAACAAUAAUUAGGUUUAUAAAAGAUCAGGAAAUUGCACAAAACAGUCAAAUGUCCAAAAUCCAUAAAUAGUCAAAUUACAAUUUUAGAAAUCAAAGAAAGUUUUUUUUUCUUUUUGUGUUGGGGGGUCUUCUUUUUUUUUUUUUUUUAAUAAUUGAUUAAUGAAUUAUUAAUUUUUCCACAUUGUUUUAAUUCUUAGCUCAAAAUUUUACAUUCUAAUAAAUUAUUUCCUCUGAUUCUUAAAACUUCAAAUUUUGGUUUAAAAAUUAUAUAAAACAUGGACGUAGCUUCUAUAUUUAAGUGAAUACCUGCAUUCUCGCCAACAGCCAACACGGGGGACAAAUGUUGUUAGAAAAAGAAGUCUGUGGACAAACAACCAUACUUCUUACUUAUCUGUGAUCUCUCUUUCCUGAUGAGUUGUUGGGCUCUGUCACUGCUUUGAAUACAACGUUAUUUUCAUUUUAAUUCUUCUUCCUAUUAGUCUCAUAAAGCAAAGUGAGGGUUAGUUUAAGCUGUGCAGUGUUUCUGGGAUUCUCAGAUUGCCCUCUUGCUCGUGCCAGCAGUGGGUGAUUUCAGAGGCUACAUCCAUCUUUUAUGUACAGUCUGUGCCUAUUGGACAGGAAAUUAUAACAUGAUAGCAAUUAUGAUACUUUCUACCAAAAUUAUACCUGAAACUGCUGAGACGACAUUAAAGCAGGAAAAUUUAAGUUAAUUCAACCGGUAAAUUUUUUAUUUUGGUUCGUAGCUCCUAAUUUCUUUGGUGCGAGGAGCUCUGGGCCUCAGUAUUUCUAAAGUUCUACUUUGAAGUUGCCUGUGAGAGACCUGCUGCAUGCUGGGAAAUGCAGUCUGCUUUGUGGUCAGCUGGUCCUGGUCAGUUCCCGGAGAGACUUUUGUGUAUUUUAAGACUUCCUGCAGCUUCAUUCUGAUUCGUCUUUAAGCCUCUCUUUUUGAUUGGACCCAAUGAGCCCCACAGCAGUUGUGUAUGUAUAUAUUAGUGCUUCUAUUCCUGGGAGAGAUCUAAGUCUAUAAAUCUAUAUAAAGAUGUACGUAUACGUAUCCUGAUUGUACUUUUAUUUUGUUGAUUUAUUAUUGAUCUGAUGACGUGGUUGGUUGGAUCUGACGCUGCCAGUGAUCGUCGCUCAUCAUAUUUUUUUUGUAGAAAAGCUUUAAAGGAGGAAACCCAGUGAACUUCCAGGUCUUUGAGGAUCUGAUACCUGAUUGGACAUCAGACUGUUAAACAAAAGGACUGAAAGGACAUCUAGAUGAUACAAACCAAGAGAAUGUAGACAUGUUCUGUUCUUCAUCUUUUGACGCUCGCUGUGGGAUCAACAAUAAUAAUAAUAAUAAUAAUGCUGAUGCUGAUUGGUUCUGGUAUUUUUUUUUUGUCUGUGUUCUGUUUACUGUACUCUUUACACCUGUAGCAGUAUACAUUUGCUGUAGGAGUGCUCUGUUUCUAUAAAAAGUUCAAUAUGCAGAAAACUGAAGGACUGCUGACAGCUAUUCAUAGAGCUGAAACUCUACAAAAUAAGCAGUUCUGAUAACUUUGGUCAAACACUGCAAGUAAACAUUCAUCUUUUGUUUUUGUCCUUAUUUUUGUUGUAUUGCAGCUACUUUAUCAUUUACAGUACCAGCCAGCACCUCCUCUAACUGAAGUGCUCUCACAUGAUCCUCUGGGGUGUGAUUUAGGCGUGUGUGGGGUACAAAUACAAAAUCCUUUCCACGGAGUACAGCGAACACAUAUAACAGUGUCCUCAAAAGGGACCCUUUACGCUGCUCCUUAUUUUCUGCCAUUUAUGUAUUCUGUUAGUGGGAUGGAUGUUAAUGUUAAACAUGGCCAAAGUUUCAAAUAACGAGUUCAACAUUUUUACAAGUAAUCACCAAGAGCCAAAAUCUCAAAGUGCUUUAGUUCCUUUCUACUCUUACAACUGUACGAUGUCAUUAAUAGCAUAUAUCCCUAUUGUGGUCAUCUCAGCCCCACCCACAUCAGAAGAUAUGUAUCCUAAAGGGGCCCUGUUCUGCGUAUUUGUUUGCCCUACUACAGAAGCUCAGCAUGAUUUAUCCUGUAAUGUUCACGCUGCCAUGCAAAAGCAGUGGUACCUGUGCUUCUGUAGGACCAGUGAAGUGGCGAACGAGUAAAAAGCGAUUACAGUUGUGUUUUUUUUAUUGAAUUUAUUGAAAGGAUCCUCAAUAAUCUGAAUGAUGGGCAGUAAAAAAAAAAAAAACAUUAAAAAAUGCCUUUUUGUCAAAUCAGCUGAUUUCAUUGUGUGAAGGGAGGAGGAGAAUGGUGGAGUCGUCUAUAACACCUUAGAAGCGAGGACAUGACCACUUAUUUUUAUUUUCAUGGUGAAGUCCAAACUGCAUCCAGGAUGCAAAUGGCUAUGUUAUACUCCUGACACAACAUUAGCUCUUUGCAAGCAUCUGCACGGACAGCAUGCUAACACAAAGGCAGCAAACAGUCCAGUGUGAUGCCAAAGCUGAGUGUAAGCUGACCUGACCUCAUUUUCAGCAGGUAACAAAAGCAUUGGGGCCUCAGGUCCUACCUGCACGUGGUUGGUGAUGGCUUUGAAGUCUUAUCGGGCUGGUUUUUGGUUUUGUGCUCAAACUUGAACACUAGAAGGAAGAUCAUGUGUUUGUGGUCAGUAGGACAUUUGGGUGGGGCUGCAGCUUAACUUUUAUAUUCCUAACUGGUUAUCAUCUUACACUGAAUUUCAGAGCAUGUUAUGGACUGACACAGUAAUGUAACAACACUGGCUACUGGGAGGCUGUUAGCACCCAUCCUAGCUAAUGCUAAUAACAUUCAUGACCUCAGGCAAGAUGAAGAGGAAGCAUGGGCUUGCUGGCAGGUAUUUUCCCACACAGGUGACUUUGAUAAGAUAAGAUAAGGUAACUCUUUAUUAUCAUUGCACAGUCAUAAAUGGUAUAAUGAAACUGGAAAACUGUCCCAUGUCGGCACUAUGUACAACACGACACGGUAACUUAACUUUGCUGCAACUCCCCUGAAGUCUUCACCUGUAGGCAUGACUACUACAUUCACAAGAGUAUGUGUUGUUAUGGUUGCAGUGGAAGCAGGUGAACUUGGAAUUUAGGUGAAAGUUGAGGUAAAGAUGGCAGCAGCUGUGACUGCAGGCUAAAGCAGUAACUUGGCUCAUGUUGUCCUUUCAUAAGGCACUGAGUCAUCUUUUAAUCUUUGUCUUUUCUUUCUUCUUCUGCUCCCCCUGCUUUGUGUUGCUCAGAGUCAUCUGAUGCUCAGGGGCAGCAGGUGGGAGGCGAGGGACUUGAAUUAAAGACACGUGCAUUUUUUUUUUUUUUAAAUCUUUGUGAGAACAGUUGUUGGUAUAAUGUAUUCAUUAACCCCUCUAAUCCCAGCCUAAACCAGACUCUAUUAUGAAUCCUGAAACCGAGACCAAACUCGCAAAAACGCGCUUUGAAGAUUUGAAGUCAGCACAGUCCAGACCCAUUCUUCUCUUUAAGAGGUUCAAGAUGAUACUUGUCCACAUAAGCAUACAAAACACACAAAAAGACAGGUGAGUUUGUCCACUUGUAAGGAACUUAGUCACUGUUACAUAAAACCUUGAAGCUGUGACAGUGGUGAGUCACGCUGACCCAAAUACUGAAGGAGGCAAAGCCCACAUCACAGUGACGGUGCACAAAUCUCUGUGUUACACCAGUGUUGCAGCAGAUGGAGUUUCUCUCUGUACCAGCAGAGGAUGCAAGAGACCAAAACAGUAUAAAGCCUUUACAUGCACCUCUGAGAGUAAACAUGCUUAAGUCUUAUUCUUUUUUCCUGUAAUUUCACCUCCGAUUCUUUGCGUUUGUCCUGUUUCACACUGUCCAACUCUGUUCUGAAUACCACAAUACUGAAAAUAAACUUAAGGUAUUAUAUAUGUUAAAAUAUACUCCUAAUGAUUAAACUACAUUUUUAAUAGUGAGACAGUCUGUGAGCAGCACUUUAGAUCCUGUAAGUAAAAGUUAAAGCCACCCUGGUACCUUGUAUAUCCCACAGUAUUUAAUAUACUGUAUAUAACAUGAUCCUCCCAUCCCUUUUCUUCCAUUUAUUGGAUUUCCGGUUACUGUGGGUCUGGAGUACAUCCCAUCGGUCACAGAGUGAAGGGCAAGGAUCACCCUGGACAAGUCACCAGGCUGUCUCAGGGCCAACACACAGAGACCUCCUCUCAUUAUGAAGUUUUGAGCUGAGGUUUUUCGCUAUUUUGUGUUUAAGGUGAUUUGAUCAGACAGAGAAUGUGAGGAACACUGCAAGCUCAUAUCGCACGAGCGAUAUGUCGAUCACAAAACUGUUUUAUAUUCCUUUAUCACCCCUCAGCUGCAAAAGGCUGAUUAUGCGUCAUCGUCAUCCUGGCGGGGAGGUGACGUGGACGCCCAAGUUUGUGAAUGCGAUAACUCAAGAACGAAAUGACGUACCAAUUCCAAAUUGUUACCGUAGCUAUAUCUACUGAAAAUCUUGAAUGCGACCUCAGUCUUAAGAUCAAGGUCAUAGGUCAAGUUUUCUGAAAAUCUUGUGAAUGCGAUGUAGGAAUUUCAAAUUGAUACCAUGGGUACAUCUAUUAGUAGGCUGAGGGGUAGCACUGGCUGCUGUCAGUCUUUUUAUGAAUCCCAGUGGAAUCAAAAUUCACUAAAAAAAAACAUUGUAUUAAAAAACAAACUGAAAAUAGCACCUCAGAACAUGAACCUGUCAGAAAAAGUGUUAAUGCCCCCUGCUGGCCAUUACAUUUCUGAGCUCAAUUAGUCCAUACCAUUGACUGUAGAAAACAGUCAAUGGUCCAUACUAAAAACAGAUUUAUCUCUAUCCUGUUAAUGCUCCCAUCUCAUCAUGUAGCGUUUAGGGGUUUUCAGCUUUUGCUAGCAUGCUCUUUUUUUUUUU